ACCAUCAUUUGCUUUCGGAUCCCAGCAUCUCCUCAAACAUCCCUCUUGUUUCUUGGUCUCGAUUCGUGAUUCAGACAGAAGGUUCUGCCAAAUCAAGAGGGGUUUUCUGAUCAUAGUGUUGUGCAACAAUGGCUAUGGCUAAGUUCCUUGCAGCUAUGAUCUUGGCUCUCAUUGCCAUUUCCAUGCUUCAAACCGUCAUGGCUGCAAAUGGGCAUGGAGACCACCUGAAUGAUAACAAGAGCAAAUAUGGAAGUGGGAGUCUCAAGAGUUACCAAUGCCCAUCACAAUGCUCGAGGAGAUGCAACAAGACCCAAUACCACAAGCCCUGCAUGUUUUUCUGUCAGAAGUGCUGCAGGAAGUGCCUGUGUGUUCCUCCGGGUUAUUAUGGUAAUAAGGCUGUGUGCCCUUGCUACAACAACUGGAAGACCAAGGAGGGAGGACCCAAGUGCCCUUGAGCUUCAACCUCAACAUCAGAUGUUGCUUUCUUAUAUAUUUAUCACUUCCUUCAUUGUUCCAUUUAAGGCACUAGCUUACUUCCCUACUAUUCACAUGUCCUAACUAAAUGAUAUAUAGCCCCUUGUGGUGGCACUAUGAUGUAUGUUUUCUUAUGAGUUUUGGGAUGUCCUCCCUCUAAGGACCACAUCCGUAGUAUCACUCCUUAGGACUUGCUUUCCUUUAAUGUGAGUGGCUUACUUAUAUCAAUACAUCAUCUGUGGAACUUAUUUCUA